AUGUCUGCUGCAACACCCGGUAUCAAAGUAACAACCAUAUAUGGCACUGACGCCGAGUCUAUGACAUCGAGCUUUGCACGAUGUAUCUUCAGGAGGUAAUUUCGCACCUGUUAAAAUAAACAUUUUCAGAGAGAUAUAAAGAAAUUAUUAUUAUAAUUGCUGAAACGAUUGUAGACUCGCUC